GGGUGUUACACAGAGGGGGUAGGGGCAGUGGCUAGAGGAAGGAGAAAGCCGGAGAUGACCAGGGAAAGGGUUGAUUUGGUGGUCGAGAAAUAGGGAAGGGGAAGAUGAUGAUGGUCGUUCUUGGGUGGCGGGUUGAUUUCAGUCCGGCGGGGCGAGGCUGGGUAAGGACGGUGGUUGGCGUUCAGGCAAGAACGAUGGUCGGUGUUUAGGAAGGCGGGUUGGAGUUGGGGGAUUUUUAUUUUUUAUUUUUUGUUUUUUUUCUUAAUUUUUUUGUUUUUUUUCUUUUUAAAUUAUUAAACAUAUAAGGCCAAUUAGACGAUGGCAUGUGCCACCUUCUAAAAUCAGUUACCAAAUUAUAAAACAUUAUUAUUUUAUCUUUUUGAUAGAAAUUUUUCUUCAGUGAUAUACCACUCUCAGUGCGGCCAACCGACAGUCCAAAAGUGCCGAUCGCUGUGGUUGCGAAUCGAAGGAAAUUUGCUGCAGCAACAAAGCUUGAGAAACAGGACAACAAUGGCGGUUAACCAGCAAAGAUUUUGCAAUCCAAAAGUAUUGAAGCUAACUCUAGGGUUUAUCGCUCUCUCUAUUGCUGCCUACAUUGUCGGACCUCCUCUCUAUUGGCAAUUCUUAGAGGGUUCUGCCCCUGCUUCUCUCUCCUCUUCUUCUUCAUCUUCUUCUUCAACUACGCCUUCUUGUCCUCCUUGCACUUGUAAUUGCGAUUCUCCGCCUCUCAUUUCUAUUCCUGAUGGGCUCAGCAAUAUUUCCUUUACAGAUUGUUCAAAGCAUGAUCCAGGGGUCAGUGAAGAUACUGAGAAGAAUUUUGCUGAACUGCUAGCUGAGGAAUUGAAAUUAAGAGAAGCUGAGGCUGCAGAAAAUCAGAAGCGUGCUGACAUGGCUUUGCUGGAAGCUAAGAAGGUCACUUCCCAGUAUCAAAAGGAGGCAGACAAGUGCAAUUCAGGAAUGGAAACCUGUGAGGAAGCCAGGGAGAAGGCUGAAGCAGCUUUGGUGUCGCAGAAGAAAUUAACUGCAAUUUGGGAACAACGGGCUCGCCAAAAAGGAUGGAAGGAUGGAGUUACCAAGUCUGGUGCUCAGUUGCAAGGAAAUGUUCAGUCUGUAUAGUAUACUCUGUAGUUAUUCAGAAGACUCGCGCCUAAACCUUCUAUCACAGAUACUGAAUUACAGCCAAGAAUGCCCAUUCAUGGUGUGUGGCCCCCAGAAUCCACGAGCUGCUUGUUGCUUACUGUCAUCAUAACCAUCGAGAAUUUAUCGCUGGAGCUUGGAUAGUGGUCUGUACACAUUCAGCAUAACAAGAUGUGCAUAAUUGCUUCAAAAUUUAAUUUUGUAAACACAACCAAUUCACUUUAGCCUACUGAAAAUGUAAGGUAGAUUCUCUACGGCAACUUAGUGUUUUGUCUAAUUAUAUUUGGUAAACAGGAAAAUUUAUUAAUAUCUCCAAUGGCCUUAGUGUUUUGAUCGAAA